GCCUUGGGCGUCAUUCUAUCUAAUUUUUUCCCUUGAUUUGACGUUUCGGUUUCUUUUUUUGAGACUUGGUGGUCUGUUUACAUAUUGAAAGUGGUUCGUGCAAACGUGAUUUAAGAUUCAGGAUCAAGAGAAAUAAACAAUAAAGGUCUUAGGCGAAUAAGCCUACCAUAUUUAGCGCUUGAACAUGGCAGCAGUGACCAACAGCGAUACCAAAAUCCCCCUAACCGUAGCCGAGGACCCAAAAACAUCUGCUGCGCAUGCGGAUGAAGACAGCAUCCUCAAACUAAACUCAGAAAACAACAGCGACGCAGAACCCGAUUCCCCACAGCGUCACAACAAAGACGAAGACCCUAAGAAGACAACUUCUGAUCCUAUCCAGAAGAAUGCCGAAGCUUCAACAGCGCCUGAUCCAGAGAAAAGAGAGGCUACCGGGAAAUCUGCCCAAGCAGCCGACAGAAAGAAGAACAAUUUCUUGUGGGUGUCCAACAUCCAUCGUGAAGUUAAAGCCGCAGACUUGAAAGCCCUGUUCAGCAAAGUAGGCAAGGUGUGUACCGCCAAAAUAUUGACGAACGGCAAAAGCUUCUACGGCUACGUGUCCAUGGAAAAUUACGCCGUGACUUUGAAGUGCGUGAAGCAAUUCAACAAUACUUUACUGGACGGUGUCAACAUAACUGUGUCUAAAUCGCGACCAGAUUUGACUGCCAAUAAGCCCGAGGGAAUGAAUAAACCGGCCAGUAAACGUGUGAAGAAGACAGUGGAAGAUAAAGUUGAGGAUCCUGUAGUCGAUACUAAGGCAGCUAGCCCUCAAGUUAAACCACUAGAUGACAAAACGAAGGACACAAAGGUGAUUAAGAGCGCUGAAAACAAACCUAGCGAUGAUCAGCUGCAGAGAACUGUGGCAACUUUAACUAAGAAAGUAGACGAUCUGAUCACUGACAACACCAGAUUGAAAAGGAAGUUGGACGGUUAUCAGAAGAGGCAUGACGUAAUGCGCAACAAGUGCAUCAGUUUGGAGCGAGAAGUGAAAAAGUUGAAAGACGAGAACAGAGACGAGCGCCGCAACCUCAGCCAAGAGAGACAGAACUUCGAAAGAGACAGAGCAGCCACCAUCAACAGAAUCAAAACGGAUAGAGAGACGGUCGCCAAGAAUCUGGAAGAGGUCAGGAAGCUGAAGGAGCGGCUGAAGUUCGCUCUGGCUAGAUCGUCGUCGCCUGCUUACAAGCGAGAGCGAUCGCCUUACAAGCGUCCAAUCAGAGAAGUGUCACCAGUAGCGAAGCCGCAAUCCAGGAGUACCCAAAGCAGUCGCUUGGUUUCUUCCGACAGGUCUGGAAAACGCUCUAGGAACGACGAUUACAUUUCAGCUCCUCCAGCUCCCAAGUUGGAUCCAGAAUCUUCCCGGAAACGUUACAGCGAAGUCACUUCAACUCCGCAUUUCGACUUCCGUCAUAGACUUGCUGAGUCUACUAGGGUCGCAGAUCAUUGGUCGGGAGGGUUUCCCAAGGACAGUCGGAGCAAACCGCUGACUACUGGUUAUCCUUUUCCGAGCAGGUAUAGCCUUGGGGUGCCGCAAGGUUCUACAAGUACUGCCAUGUCGAGGAGUUCUCAGCCUUACUAUCAACAGUGGUAGAUCCUGGGCAACGGUUGUCCGGGAAUAGAUUUGUAUUUUGAGUUGUUUCUUGGAAUUAAUAGUUUUUUGCUUUCCCGAUAGUGUUUGUUGUAAAUGAGUAAAAAGUCGAGAUGUUUGAAAUGGAAUAUCUGCAAUUAUCUUUGUUCUACUGGAUUUUGUUGUGCAACCAAUAAAUGGUCACGUAUCUUG